AUGUUAUCCUUAAACGGAAAAUUCUGUCAAAACCAACAACAACAGCAACAGCAGCAACACCCAGCGCCAAUCAACAUCAACAGAAGGGAUUUGAAAGAGGUACUGUUUUUAUUAAUGGCUAUAUUUUAUAUCAAAACAAGCAAUGUGUGGAUGAAGUAUCCUUUAAAAGUCAAAACACGAGAAAGUGAUAACUACCGGAAUUCCUAUCUCCCACCGAACAACUUAUCAAACAUUAACUGGUCAAGAGGAAUUUCUGUUCUAAUUUCAUGUUGGAUAGUUUAUUUACUGCAAACCAUAGCACCAAAAGCAUUAAUUGGUUUCGGCGCAAUUUAUUCCUCAUCAUCACCUCGAUAUGAUAAUGAACAACCAAUAAACAAAUUAACAUAG